AUGGGACAUAGAAACAACGUCACUGAAUUUAUCCUGUUGGGUCUGUUCAGUAAUCAAGAGGUAAAGGAAGCCUGUUUUAUUUUCUUUUUGCUUUGCUAUCUUCUGAUCUUGCUGGGAAAUCUCUUCAUCCUGACCACCAUCAGAUUUAGUCAACUCAGUGAACAGCCCAUGUAUUUUUUCCUAAGUUACUUAUCUUUCAUGGAUGUCUGUUUCACCUCCACUGUUGCUCCAAAACUAAUUAUAGAUUUAUUGGCUCAGAAAGCAACCAUCUCCUAUGACAACUGCAUGGCCCAGAUGUUCUAUACCCACUUCUUUGGAGCCACAGAGAUCUUCAUCCUGGUGGCAAUGGCCUAUGAUCGCUAUAUUGCCAUCUGCAAGCCACUACAUUACACAGUCAUCAUGAGAAGACGGGUAUGCUAUCUUUUUUUGCUGGUCUCCUGCAUAGUGGCAUUCAUUCAUUCAAUCAUGCAAAUAUUGAUUGUUGUGCAGCUGCCUUUCUGUGGCCCCAAUAAAGUAGACCAUUAUUUCUGUGAUGUAUUUGCUCUGCUAAAGCUGGCCUGCACAGAUACUUUCUUGAUUGUUAUUGUAAUAAUUGGUACAUCAGGGAUGCUGGCUCUUUUGACUUUUGUGGUCUUGGUCAUUUCUUACGUCAUUAUACUGACCUCCUUGAGGACUCAUUCUUCGAAGGGUCGGCACAAGGCUUUUUCUACCUGUGCAUCACAUAUUACUGUAGUUCUCAUGUUCUUUGUGCCCCUCAUCUUCACAUAUGUGCCUACUGGCAAUUCUUUCAGUGAUGAUAAAAUAUUUGCCCUCUUUUACACCAUCAUUGCCCCCAUGUUCAACCCUCUCAUCUAUUCCCUGAGAAACACUGACAUGAAGAAUGCUAUGAGGAAAGUAUGGCUACAAAAACUGUUUUCCAAAGGAAAGUGA